GCCACCUAAUUCGUGAGUCGCAAGACUCAUAUUGCCAUCCUCUCCCCGUCCGGCGACUGAAUUAGGGUUUCGAUCAAUCUUCUCCGUCGAUUUACCUGCACCAAUACCGAUUUCGCCGAUCUAUAGCUAGUGGUUAUGGCUAAUCGUACGGAUCCAGCUGCGAAAAGUAUAAGGGGAACGAACCCGCAGAACCUGGUGGAGAAAAUUCUUCGCUCGAAGAUCUACCAGAACACUUACUGGAAGGAGCAGUGUUUUGGUUUGACGGCGGAGACAUUGGUCGACAAGGCCAUGGAGCUUGACCAUCUCGGCGGUACACAUGGUGGCAACCGCAAGCCUACGCCGUUCAUGUGUCUCGUUAUGAAGAUGCUCCAGAUUCAGCCGGAGAAGGAAAUCGUUAUCGAGUUCAUCAAGAACGAAGACUACAAAUACGUUCGGGUUCUUGGUGCCUUUUACUUGCGUCUCACUGGGACUGAUGUUGAUGUGUAUCGCUACCUGGAGCCUCUGUACAAUGACUAUCGGAAACUGAGGAGACAAUUAGCUGAUGGAUGUUUUUCUUUAACUCACGUAGAUGAAGUCAUUGAUGAACUUCUGACUAAAGAUUAUUCGUGUGACAUUGCUCUUCCACGUGUCAAGAAAAGAUGGAACCUUGAAUCUACUGGUUCACUGCCCGCAAGGAAAAGUGCUUUAGAAGAUGACUUUGAGGAGGAGGAAGAAAAAGAGGACGUUGAGCCAAUUAAUGACGCUUUAGAAGAUGAGAUUCAUGAGAAGAAUUAUUAUCGGGGGAGAAGUCCUGUGCGGGAGAGAGAUAAAGACAGAAGGCGUGAUAGCCACAGACACAGGGACCGAGAUUAUGAUAGAGACCGGGAUUACGACAGAGACUAUGAUAGAGAUCGGGGACGUGGAAGGGAAAGAGACAGGGAUAGGGACAGGGACAGAGAUCGAGAUAGGGACAGGGAUAGGGGUAGGGAUAGGGACAGAGAUAGGGAUCGCUAUCGCCUAAGGGAUGAUAAGGAAUAUAGCAGAGAUCGAGACGGGGAAAGGGAAGGCAGGGAGCGGGAGAGGCGAGACAGAGAUCAUCAUGGUAGGAGGAGGAGCCAUUCAAGGAACCGAAGUAGGAGUAAGGAUCGGGAGGAUGGGGAAUACCGCAAGAGACAUGCCCGUUGCAGUGCCAGCCCGAGACGAAGGGAUGGGGCCGAGGAUAGAGACGAGCCAAAGAGGAAGAAAGAAAAGAAGGAGAAGAAAGAAGGUGGUGCAGGUGAGGAGGAUCCGGAGAUUGCUGAAUGGAAUAGAAUACGUGCUUCUCUUGGACUGGCACCUCUCAAGUAGAUCUUUCUUCAUCUAACAGUUUCAAUGAUCUGUGAGUAAAUUCUGCUUGUUAUAUACUCUUCAAUUUUAUGUAGCAUGAAGGUUCUGAUUUCUGUAUAAUAUGCUGCAGUUUUAUCCUUUGUUGAAUGUUACUAGAUACCACAUUUGAAAAUAUUGCAGUGCUGCCGCAGGUGAUCCUCCGCCCUCUUGUCCGAGGGCUAUAGAUUGUAGUCUGUUUCUAACUUUAAAA